UUCUCCGAGGCGAUCGCUGUGAUGUCUCCGGCUCCAGAUCCCUUCAGUGGUCCCCUGCACACCAUCGAACCCUGGAAUUUCAAAGUUCUGGCGACUUUAAUGUUUUUCGUGACAUUUUUGUCGCUCUCCGAAAACUUCCUUGUCUUGCUGGUAACCUACAGAUACAAGCAGCUGCAGCAGCCUCUCAACUACAUCAUUCUCAAUCUUUCAGUGGCCGAUUUGCUGGGGUCGGCUGUCGGUGGUACGCUCAGCUUUGUCACGAACCUUUACGGGUAUUUCUUUCUGGGCGCCUGGGCGUGCGUUCUGGAAGGUUUCGCGGUAACUUUCUUCGUCUUACAUUCUCUGUGGUCUCUAUCUCUGUGCUUCUCCUUUUCUGAAGCUUUGAAAUUCACCUCCAUUUCCAGUUUUCUCAACUCUGUUUUGGCUGAAGAACUCCUGGCACUUGGGGCUGGAUCUCAGUUUCCAUGGCACCAGUCCGUGAACCCCAGCCUGAAGGUGAAAGAUUCCCAGGAGCUGGGGUAUUCUGGAGAACUCAAAGAUCACUCCUAUAUUAUUGCACUUUUUACAACUUGCUUCAUUAUGCCCUUAUUGCUUAUAUUUGUAUCUUAUGGAAAACUGAUGAGGCGACUAAGGAAGGUAGCAAAUACUCAAGGGAAGUUGGGAGCUGCAAGAAAACCUGAAAAGCAAGUCACCAGGAUGGUUAUUGUCAUGAUAGUGGCAUUUCUCUUCUGCUGGUCCCCAUACUCAGUUUUCUCCAUAAUGGUGACUAUUUGUCCAACCAUUGAGUUAGAUCCAAGGUUAGCAGCAAUACCAGCCUUCUUCGCAAAAACUGCAACCGUUUAUAAUCCAAUCAUUUACGUGUUCAUGAAUGGACAGUUUAGGAAAUGUCUCCUUCAAAUGUUCAGCCUCAGUGAACCCGAAAUCAACCCAACAGCAGAGCAUGCAAUGCAAGCAAGUAACAAUAAUGAGAGAGAAAUGUCCACCAUUGCAACACGGAUGACUUCUUACUGCAAUACAGCAAUGAAACCCAAAGAAGGAAACAAACAUGACAACUUUGCUCAGCUGCCAAUUCCUGAGAAUGAAGCUUACCUACUGUAAAUACAAAGGAAAUGUAACAUUCUAUAUCUAGUUAGAGUAUUCAAUCAUUACACAUUGUGACCAUAUGAAAAUUGGUGUGAAUUGAAUGCAAACUGGGAGCUUUCAAUAUUCUUUUCUAUUUCACUGACCAUGGAAAUAGUGAGCCUCAGAUAAAUGAUUGAAUGAUCAUGCUCAAG